AUGGCCGACACAGCCGCAGAGCUCAAGGAGCUAUUCGCAGCUUCCGCUCCCGGUGGCCUGCCUGACGAUGUCCUCGCCGAGCUCCAGUCGAUUCUGCGCGUGCACUCGAUCACCGCGGAGGAACUCUUCUACAAAUGGGAGUCCUACAGUAUCAAGAUGGGCGAGGAGGUCAAGUUGAACUUGGAGACAGUGCGUGCAUUCAAGCAGGAUGUGCAAGAGGCCCUGGAGCGUGAGACUCGCGGCAAGACCGGCCGCCAGGACCAAAAAAGGAGUACUGUCACGGCGACCCCGCGUGCUGGCGCGGGCUCUGAUAUGUUUGGGAUGCUGGACCAACUCACGCCCAAUGCCGCGAAUGGUCGCGCCCUGAACGGAGCCAAUGGUUCUGUGAAGCGCAAGGCCGAUUUCUCCUCCCCCGCCACCCCGAGGGUAGGUAAGGUGACGAAGAAUGAAUCACCAAUUGGGGUGAAAACCCCAGGUUCUGCAGUCAAUGGUGAUGCCGGAGGUGGAAUGAAACCGGUGUCGUUUGCCGAACGGACAAAUCCCGGUCAGACAUUGGAAACCCUGAAUGCGCAUUUACCGCUCCCAGAAGCUCCUAUCGCUCCAUUCUCGGAGGCGCGCAUUCGACCCACGGCGAACACGGACCUCAAAAAAUUCGGAUAUAAGCCCAUGGGAAUGCGAUUAUCGGAGGCAUCUGAGAUUCUGGACGACCGAAUCGAUGAGUUCGCCGCGAUCCUGCAAAAACAAUACGACUCGGAUGACAUCAACUUCGGAAGCGCUGCCACCCAGAGCACGAGCGAGAUCAUUGCAGUGGGACGUAUUGCUUCGGAUAGUCUAGAGGGCAAACUGAACCCGGCUUCAAUGGUUCUCGAGACAUCGCGCCGAACGGGGGCAGGGAGACGUGUUCCUCUGAAAGUCGACUCGGUGCCCUCGGUGAACUUCUUUCCCGGGCAAAUUGUGGCUCUUCGUGGCAUCAACCCCUCGGGUGACUACUUUACCGUCAAAGAGGUCCUUCCCAUGCCUCUCUUACCGCCAGCAGCAUCCUCAGCCGUGGCUUUGGAUGGCAUCAAUGAACGUCUGGAUGGAGACGCCAACCCGCCACUAAACGUCACGGUGGCAGCUGGGCCGUUUACGGCAGACGAUAACCUGGACUUUGAGCCGUUGCAGGAGCUCUGCCAAAAGGCAGCAGAUAACUACGCGGACAGUCUGGUGUUGCUAGGUCCGUUCCUAGACAUUGAACACCCGCUGCUCUCAACGGGUGAUUUUGACCUUCCAGAUAUCAAGGGUCUCGACCCGGACACGGCCACUCUCGCCACUGUCUUCCGGCAUCUCAUUUCGGCACCACUAUCACGGCUUGCCGCGGCAGUGCCCAGCAUCACGAUCGUCCUGGUGCCAUCCGUGCGCGACGCCUUAAGUCGGCACGUAUCCUGGCCGCAGGAGCAACUCCUCAAGAAAGAGCUCGGUCUGCCCAAGCAGGUCCGCAUGGUCUCCAACCCGGUUACACUGUCAUUUAACGAGGUUGUCGUCGGCAUGUGCUCCCACGACGUGCUCUCCGAGCUGCGCCGCGAGGAAGUCCUGCACGGCCGGCCCGUCGAGGGCAACCUGCUCACGCGUCUGCCCAAAUACCUCAUUGAACAACGGCACUUCUUUCCCUUGUUCCCACCAAGUGCACGCUCGAACCUGCCCAAGCCUACCACCGACGCCGGCCUGGCUACCGGCGCGAUGCUGGAUCUGCCCUACAUGAAACUGGGAGAGUGGUGGAAUGUCCGGCCGGACGUAUUGAUUGUACCGAGCAUGCUGCCACCGUUUGUCAAGGUCGUCGAUAGCGUCUUGGUCAUCAACCCGGGCACUCUAUCCAAACGCCGCGCUGCAGGGACCUUCGCGCAAAUGGCUGUCCACCCACGGCUGGUCGGCGAGGAUGAACGCGAGCAGAAACAACUGGGCCAUAAGCUCUACGAACGGGCCCGGGUGGACGUCAACCGGAUCUAG